AUGGUCCCCUCUCUUACUCUGUGCUUGCUCUUUCUGUCAGCCACCAUAGUCGAGGCUACUGGGUAUUCAUCAGCUCGAGUCACGACGGAUGGGUGGAACUCCCGCGAGCUAUCCGGUGCCGGUUCGCCUUCAAUCCACCACCACCCUGCCCACGCCAACAGCUCUUUGGUUCCUCCACGACGGCCGCCGGGACGGCCAGAUCAAUGCCCACCGUGCUUCAACUGCCUCUUGCCUGCAUUUAACUGCGGCAAUGGCGGCGAAUGUAAUCCGUACGAUGGGCAAUGUCGAUGUCCGCCAGGCUUCGGGGGAGAGGAUUGUCUGACUCCUGUAUGUGGGGCUUUGACAGAUGGAGAUGAGAGAUACCCACGACCAGCUGGCGAGCUUUGUCAGUGUAAAGACGGCUGGGGAGGAAUCAACUGUAACGUCUGCAAAACCGAUAAGUCGUGUAAACCCUUCAAGCCUCGCACACCCGUCGAUGACGGCCGAGGCGGCCAAUCGCCUGAAGAUGGGGAAGACCAAGAUGAUAUGGUAUGCUACAAGGGAGGUAUAGCUGUCGAGCACAACUACCAGAUGUGCGAUGUCACCAACCGGAAGAUCAUCGACACCAUCCCCGACAAUCGCCCUCCCCAGGUCACUUUCGACUGCACCGCGAAUGGCCCUUCGUCCAAUACGACUAGCUGGCGCGAUCCCCGUCAUCCCCUCCUUCGGACUUUCGAUGACUCGCCCAUUAACGAUGAUGUCAUGGGGAAGUGCACUUUCCAGUUCUGGGUUGAUCGCAUUGAGAGCUUCUACUGCAAGCUGGACGAAUGUUCGUGGAAGUUUGACGGAAAUCUUAACGGCUCGAGGUACGAGUGCCAAAAGCUGGACUGCUCUUGCAUCCCUGGCAGAUUCCUCUGCGGAGAAGACGGCUCCGUCAACAUCGAUGACUUCCUGGAAGAAGAGGUACGGGGUCCUGCGACCUUCGAAUGCACCGAGGGCAAGGGCUGUACAUUCUCCGAACCCGCCAUGAACGGCCUCAUCAACGAUGUCUUUGGCGAUCGCGCAAUCUUCCUGGAUUGCGAGGCUGGCGAAUGUCUCCAUUCGAGUCAGGUGCCAGGCUAUGUCGUCCCUCAGGCCCCAGACAAUUCGACCCUGGUUGCGGUCAGCGCUGCUGCUGCAGCUCUCGUCUUCAUCGUCGCCUGUCUCCUGAUGUGGUAUCUAGGUCGCAGCGAUCGCAAUGCGCCAGGCUACAACUCGGUCCAGCUACCGGAAGACGAAGCGGCGAAGCUCAUGACCGACCAUGUACCCGCCACCAUGCACUUCAACAAUAUUUCGUACACUCUCCCCAACGGCAAGACUAUCCUCAACCACGUCACCGGCACGGUCCGACCUGGAGAGCUCCUCGCGAUCAUGGGCGCUUCCGGAGCUGGCAAGUCUACCCUACUCGAUAUUCUUGCUCGGAAGAACAAGAGCGGGACGGUCGACGGGACUUUCUACGUCAACGGUCGGGAAAUCCCGGAUGACGCCUUCCGCCGGGUCACUGGCUACGUCGACCAGGAGGAUACUCUUCUGCCGACGUUGACGGUGUACGAGGCGGUACUGCUGUCCGCGUUGCUCAGGCUACCGAGGGAUAUGUCGCGGCAGGCCAAGGUGUUCAGGACGCUGGAGACGAUGAAUGAGCUGGGCAUAUUGGGCAUCAAGGAUAGUCGGAUCGGGGAAUCAGGGAAGCGGAGCAUAUCGGGAGGCGAGAAGAGGAGGGUAUCGAUUGCGUGCGAGCUGGUCACUGGUCCAAGCAUCCUUUUCCUGGAUGAGCCUACUUCUGGUCUGGACUCCUACAACGCGCACAACGUCAUCACCUCGCUCGCAACGCUCGCCAAAAACUUCAACCGCACUGUCAUUUUCACCAUACAUCAGCCACAAUCCAACAUUGUCAACCUCUUCGACCGCCUCCUCUUGCUCGCCAAGGGCCAGCUCGUCUACAACGGUGACGCGAAGAAGGCUCACCAGCAUUUUGAGAAGCAAGGGCACAAAUGCCCAGAGGGCUAUAACAUCGCCGACUACCUCAUCGAUCUCACCGUCGAUGCGGCCGGUGACGGGAAGCCAAAGGCAUCUAGCGGGUCAGCGGGUGUACGCCCGUCCGGUCGGGGCGCCGAGCGGGACCUCGAAACCGGGCAUCGUCGACCACGGUCUGUCUCGAGCGACUCCUUGGGCAGCUCGGACAGCGGGGACGCAAUGCCGACCGGCACUGGAUUCGCCGCGGCCAAGUCCAAAGCUGCUCGUCUCCUCGGCAUGUCGCCCAGCGAAGCGGCUUCCGCGUCUGCUUCUGAUCGGGAGGCGGUGCCGCAAAAGCUGGCCAGUCUUGUGCUUGCCAACCGAGCCACGGACGACGCAAAGAUACUGGAGGCGGAAAUUGGGCGGAUCCAGCGAGGCUCAACGCCCGAUGGGAUCGAUCCGAUCCGGUCAGACGGGCUGGGAAGGGAUGUCCUGGGCGAGGCAGAUAUCCGAGGCGCAAAGAAGGCGAGCUGGGGCAGCCAGUUCAUGCUAUUGAGCGGCAGAGCGUUCAAAAAUCUCUACCGGAACCCAAUGCUUAUGGCUGCCCAUUACGCCGUGGCUAUCGCGGUGGCGCUGAUCUGCGGAUUCUUCUUCUACAGGGUCACCAGCGAUAUCCCAGGUUUCCAGAACCGGCUGGGUCUGUUCCUCUUCAUCCUGUCUCUCUUCGGAUUCUCUUGCCUUUCCUCUCUGGGAAUAUUCGCGAACGAGCGUAUGCUUUUCAUGCGCGAGAGGGCGAAUGGCUAUUACUCCCCUUCGGCCUACUUCCUCAGCAAAGUCCUCUUUGACAUACUUCCUCUCCGGCUCAUCCCGCCCUUUGUCCUCGGCUCGAUCGUGUACGGUCUGGCUGGUCUCAAUCCGGACGUUGCUUGCUUCUGGAAGUUCAUCAUGACUUUGGUGCUGUUCAACCUGGCUGCCAGUUCUGUGGUGCUCUUCCUGAGCGUGGCGGUUCAGGAUCUGGGAGUGGCAAAUCUGCUUGGAAGUCUCGUGAUGCUCUACAACCUCCUCUUCGCCGGUCUGCUCAUGAACUACGACCGAGUACCCAACGGCGCCAAGUGGAUGUUGACCUCGUCAUUCUUCCACGCGGCGUACGAGGCGUUGCUGGUCAAUGAGCUUCGGUACCUGCAGUUGGUCGAGCGCAAGUUCGGUCUCGACAUCCAGGUCCCAUCUGCGACAAUCCUGUCCUCCUUUGGGUUCCAUGCCCAAGCCUUCUGGUGGCCCGACACUGCUCUCCUGGUGGGCGUGUUCGGCUUCUUCAUUGUGGCGAGCUACCUCGUCCUGGAGCUGUUCGUCAAGGAGAAGCGAUAG